UCCUUGUUCAAAAGUUUUGUUUGGUUGAAAGCUCGAACAAAACUUGAACGGUCGGGUUUGGUGUUUGUAACAUUUGGUCGCUUCUUUUUGUUAGAUAUUAAGGGCAUUAUUCAAGUUUACUGUUAAUUUUAGUAUAAUUAUCUUUUCACAUGGCUGCGAUAAUAGAGAACUGGCUAACGUUACACUGACAGGCUCCGUAAAGAGGAAGAUGUCCACGGCUAACGUUAGCGAAGCUGUUCGAGUCAACUUUCCACUGCAUUCUUCAGUGUGGGAAAAUGAUUACCGCAGACUGGAAGAACAUUUAUUAUUGCCACAGAAUGACAUAGAAGCUGUUGAUCCCAGAGGUCGGACACCUCUGCACCUCGCUGUAUCGCUUGGCCACCUGGAGUCAGUGAGAGUCCUUCUGAGACAUGGUGCUGAAGUGACAAAAGAAAAUGCCAACAACUGGACAGUUCUGCAGGAGGCAGUCAGCACUGGGGAUCCAGAGAUGGUUCAACUUGUGCUUCAACGCAGAGACUACCUCAAAGCCUCUACUGCCUUGGGAGGAGUACCUGAGCUGCUGUCAAAGAUCAGAGAGUCUCCAGAUUUCUACAUGGAAAUGAAGUGGGAGUUCACCAGUUGGAUCCCCCUUCUGUCCCGGGUUUGUCCAAGUGAUGUCUGUCGCAUUUGGAAAAGUGGUGCCAGUCUGCGUGUUGAUGCCACUCUUCUUGGCUUUGAGAACAUGACCUGGAUCAGAGGGCGUCGAAGUUACAUCUUCAGAGGAGAUGAUUCUUUUGCAGAAUUGAUGGAGGUGAAUCAUGAUGUUCAAGUGGUAGACACAGAGUGUUUCAACAUAUCCCAAGAAAUGGAGGAUGUUACUUUAGAGUCCAUGCAGCCAGCUCAGCAGGAGGUUGCCAAAAGGUUAACUACUCCUAUCGUCAACACCUACCUGGAUACCAAGGAUAUUGCUUUUGAGAGAACCAAAAUGGGGAUAUGGGGCUGGAGGACUGAGAGAACUGAAGUUGUCAGUGGAUUUGAAGCAAAGGUCUUCAGCGUGAACAAUGUACAUGUGGUGAUCAGGACGAGGACAGAGCAUCUUACAGAUGAGGAGAAGGCCAGAAUAAAAAGUGACAGAAACGUCCUGGAGUCUCUGCUGGGGACGGUGGAGCAGCACAUAAAUGCACAAGGGGACCUUACACUUGAAUAUGCAACUGCCAACAAUCCCACUGCCAUUACUCCAGAGGAAUACUUUGAUCCCAACUUUGAUUUGGGGAACAGGGACAUCGGCCGCCCCAUUGAACUCAGCAUUCGAACGCAGAAGUUCAAAGGUACAUUGUGGAUGAGUGAGGAACAUCCUCUGUCCUUGGUUGAACAGGUAACCCCCAUUAUAGACCUCAUGGCACGGACCAGCUCCCAUUUUGCACGACUACGGGAUUUUGUCACUCUUAAGUUUCCUCCUGGAUUUCCAGUUAAAAUAGAGAUUCCCUUGUUUCAUGUACUCAAUGCCAGGAUUACCUUUGGAAAUGUCAAUAAGUGCAGUAAAGAGGCAGAAACAAACACAACACCAGCAGCCACGCCAACGUCUUCUGGAGAAGAUGAAGAAGCUGCAGCAGCGCCUCCAUUUCAGGUGUGUCCUUCAGUGUUUGAGGUUCCUGACCACUACCAAUGCAGAGGUGGCAGCCGCCACAUGCCCAUCUCCAACAAUGAUGAGGAGCUUUUACAGUAUGCCAUCCAUCAGAGUCUCCUGGAGUCCCGCAGAGUCCCGGGCCAGGAGGUGAACUGGAAUGAAACAGACGGGAACUUGAGCAAUGUAACUGACUAUAGCCAGAGUGACAGGAGUAUUCCAGAAGGUCUGCCGGGGGAACCUGGAGACACUUCCAGCCCUACCAGCUCUCUGUCUGCCACCAGCCCUGACUCAGACCUGCACCUUGCCUUGGAGCUUUCAGUACAAGCUCAAGAACAAGAGGAGAGGCUGAGGAAGCAAGAAGAAGAGGAGCUAGAGAGGAUAUUGCAGCUGUCACUCAUUGAUAAGUAAAAAGGAAGAAGAGGGAAUUUAAAAAGUCAGGAUGUGCCUCUCCCUAAAGCAAUUUUUCCAGGUCCAGAAACAACCACUACACCUCAAGUUUUCAUCCCAACCGCUCUAGUCAUCUAUGCAACUACUUUUUUUUUUCCUGUAUCACAUUCUUAUGACACAGGCAAUAUCAAACUCUCAGUAACCAAUAGUCUCCCAAAAGCUUUUUUUUUUUUUAUAAUAUUGCCGUUUAUGUAUUUCUAUCUCGCCCUAAAGAGUUUCCAUACUCAAGCAUGUUUGAUGAAUUCUGAGCUCUUUUCUGAUGGUUUGUUUUUAUUGUUUUCCAACUCACACUAGCUGCCCACAUGGUCAUUGUAAUCCAGGUUCUCUGUACAAAAGUGUUUUGACCAUAUAAUAUCGCACUAAAGGUUUUGAUCUGCAUUGCUUUUCUUUUUCUUUAGGUCUUUUCUUGGUCCCUAAUAGUGCAGCAGAUAACUGAAACAAUCUUUCAAAUGGUGAUACAAGCACCAAAUUCAGCACAAAUCUUCCUUAGACAUUACAUUAGUCAUUAGUCUUUUGAAGAAACAGACUGGCCACUUGAAUUUUCAAUAGGUGGCCAAGUAUGGGUCAAUGAAGAAUUACACAGGGGUCAAAAUUGAAAAAUGCUCCAAUCAUAUUGAAAAGUAUACAACAUUGUUUGUCUGAUCAUAAAUAUUCCAAAAAAUGUAUAGUUUGGACCAUCUUUGAUGGAGUUAUAUGGAGUUAUGGGGUAAAACAGCAAAAACGGUGGCAAAGGUAAAUUUCAGCUUGUACAGGGGUCACACGGUAAUGUUGCUCCAGAUUU